GCGCCCCGCAGCAGCGCUCAUCUUCAGAUGAGUUUGUGCCACCACCGCCGCCGCUGCUGUGUAAUACACACAGCUUCAUUGAGAGUGAAAUAGACUUUCUUCUUCUACUGACUGUUUGUGUGUUUAAAUCCGUGUGCUGGAGGAGAUCCGGUGACCGUCACAAACAGACAUGAUCACUUCAGCCGCUGGGAUCAUCUCCCUCCUGGAUGAAGAGGAGCCGCAGCUCAAGGAGUUUGCUCUACAGAAACUUAACGCCAUCGUCAAUGACUUCUGGGCUGAGAUCUCAGAGUCUGUGGACAAAAUCGAGGUCCUGUAUGAGGACGAGACGUUUCGUAGCAGAGCGUUUGCUGCGCUGGUGGCCUCUAAAGUGUUUUACCACCUCGGGGCUUUUGAGGAGUCUUUAAACUACGCUCUGGGCGCUGGAGAUCUCUUCAACGUCAGUGACGUUUCCGAAUAUGUGGAGACCAUUAUUGCCAAGUGUAUUGAUCAUUACACCAAACUGCGUGUUGAGAAUGCCGAGCUGCCAGAGGAUGAGGAGAAGAAAAGCAUCGAUCCUCGUCUGGAGGGAAUCGUCAACAAGAUGUUCCAGCGCUGCCUGGGAGAUCAUAUGUACAAACAAGCCAUCGGCAUCGCGCUGGAGACUCGACGCUUAGACAUCUUUGAGAAAACCAUCCUGGAAUCUAAUGACAUUGCUGGUUUGCUGGCCUACAGCCUGAAGAUCUGCAUGUCCCUCAUGCAGAACAAGAAGUUUCGUAACGACGUUCUCCGAGUUCUCGUCAAGCUGUACAUGAACCUGGAGAAGCCUGACUUCAUUAACGUUUGCCAGUGUCUGAUUUUCCUUGACGACCCUCAAGCCGUGAGCGAUAUAUUGGAGAAGCUUGUGAAAGAUGGUAACCUCCUGAUGGCCUAUCAGAUCUGCUUUGACCUGUAUGAGAGCGCCAGCCAGCAGUUCCUGUCCUCUGUCAUUCAGAACCUGCGGACCGUGGGCACACCCAUCCCCGCCGUGCCCGGAUCCACCAACACAGGCACCGUGCCCACCCAAGACAAAGACAGUGAUGUGAUGGAGACGGAGGAUAAAGCUGGCAGUUCUCCUGCUGGAAAGGCUGCUGAUGUGAAGAGUGAGCCAAAAGACCAGAACUCAAAAAUGAUCAAAAUACUAAGUGGUGAAAUGGCCAUUGAGCUGCACCUUCAGUUCCUCAUUCGAAACAACAACGCAGAUCUGAUGAUCCUCAAAAACACAAAGGAUGCGGUGCGAAAUUCGGUGUGUCACACAGCGACGGUCAUCGCAAACUCAUUCAUGCACACGGGAACAACAAGUGACCAGUUUCUACGAGAGAAUUUGGAGUGGCUGGCAAGAGCAACUAACUGGGCCAAAUUCACUGCAACAGCCAGUCUUGGCGUCAUUCACAAGGGCCAUGAAAAGGAGGCACUACAGUUAAUGGCGACUUACCUGCCCAAAGACACCUCACCUGGAUCAGCCUAUCAGGAAGGAGGAGGGCUAUAUGCCCUUGGGCUGAUCCACGCUAAUCACGGAGGCGAAAUCAUCGACUACCUUCUAAGCCAGCUAAAGAAUGCUAGUAAUGAUAUUGUUCGUCAUGGUGGCGCUCUGGGUCUCGGGUUAGCUGCCCUGGGCACUGCUCGCCAAGAUGUCUACGAUCUGCUCAAAUCAAACCUCUAUCAAGAUGAUGCAGUAACAGGAGAGGCGUCUGGUCUUGCUCUGGGGCUGGUGAUGUUGGGCUCAAAGUCAGCCCAGGCCAUUGAGGACAUGGUGGGCUACGCUCAAGAGACCCAGCAUGAAAAGAUCCUGCGUGGACUUGCUGUCGGCAUCGCCAUGGUAAUGUACGGAAGGAUGGAAGAGGCCGAUGCUCUAAUUGAGAGUCUAUGUAGAGAUAAGGACCCCAUCUUGCGCCGUUCGGGAAUGUACACAGUGGCCAUGGCGUACUGCGGCUCUGGGAACAACAAAGCCAUCCGGCGACUGCUGCACGUGGCUGUGAGUCUUACAUUUGCAAAUAUUACAAACAAUAAGAAUUAUUAGAUGCAAACACAUAAG